GCGCCCUGUUCUUUCGUCUUCCUCCUUCGGUUGCCGCUGCGGGCUUUCUCGUCGCUGGUGAGUGACGUGGCCUUUCCUUUCCGGCCUGGGCUCGCGGCGUGUGAGGAGGAAUUUCCUGUUGCACGGCAUUUGUGGCAAGAUCCUAGAAAAACACGAUGCAGAACGAUGCUGGGGAAUUUGUGGAUCUGUACGUUCCUCGUAAAUGCUCUGCUAGUAACCGGAUAAUUGGUGCUAAAGACCAUGCUUCCAUCCAAAUAAAUAUUUCUGAGGUUGAUAAAGUCACAGGCAGAGUCAAUGGCCAAUUCAAAACAUACGCAAUUUGUGGAGCAAUUCGUAGGAUGGGGGAAUCUGAUGACUCUAUUCUGCGCCUUGCAAAGAAUGAUGGUAUUGUUUCCAAGAACUUCUAAGUGAAGAGGCGCCAUGAUACAAAAUUUGUUAUAAAAUAAAAAGUGUUGGAAAACA